UCAACUUCGACCAUAAAGAAUUUCGCUGGACUUCAAUACUGACUCUAAUUUGAAUAAAAGUCAUAUUUCAUGGAUGGGUCUAUCAACACACAAAGUACUUACUCUAUUGGUUGUAAUCUCGGAACUAGAUUAAAUAUUUUAUCAUAAAACUAGUUAAACUACUAAAAAUGGAAUGGAACAAUUUAGAAAUAAAUGUAACUCAUUUCAAAUUGAUUUGUCACCGUAUUACUCAAUGAAGUUCGGAACAUGGUGUCAAGAUAUUUGAAAUGCCAUUAUUUUUCCCGAUAUAACUGUUUAAAUCAGUGUAGGAAAUUAAUUAGAUUCACCGAAGUAAACUCGUCAAACUUUAUACAUCGAAGAAAACAGAACUUUUCAACGGAAAAUAUCAAAAAUACACAAAAAUCCGAUUUAACUUUGAACAUUAUAAAAAUAUUAACCACAGUGUUUAGUAUAUCCUUAACUUGCAUUUGCACUUAUGUGAUUUAUACAUUCGGAAAACCCGAAGAAGAUACGGACGGUAAUCUAAUUAAAGAUGGUUUAGAAAAGAAUCCAAUCAUUUUACAAUAUUUACUAAGAACUUAUAGAGAAAUAUUAUAUAUGAAGAAGCUAGUGCAACAACCAUUAAGGGAUAAACUAUUACCUGAUCCUUUAGGACCACCGUAUUCGCAACCCAAGUAUACGUUGGUGUUGGAGUUAACAGACGUUUUAGUUCAUCCAGAGUGGACAUAUCAUACAGGCUUGAGGUUCAAGAAACGACCUUUUUUGGCGUAUUUUCUAGAAACAAUGAAAGAAUCAUACGAGAUAGUAAUUUAUACAGCUGAACAAGGAGUUACUGUUUUUCCCCUAAUUGAAGCCAUAGAUCCGGAAAAUAUUAUAGCUUAUAAGUUGGUAAGAGACGCAACAAAAUUCGUUGGCGGCUAUUACAUCAAACGUCUUGAAAAUAUCAACAGAGAUUUAAGAAAAGUCAUUUGUAUAGAUUGGAACCUCAACUGUGUCAGAUUGAAUUGUGCUAACUUACUAAAAGUCAAAAGAUGGAAUGGAAAUGACGACGAUACCGCUUUAGUAGAUUUAGCGUCGUUGUUGAAAGCAAUCGCAGACAACGGUAUAGAAGAUGUGCGAGAAGUUUUGAUAUACUAUAGUAAGUAUGACGACCCCGUUGGAGCGUUUAGAGAAAAAGAGAAGCGACUCAUUGAAGAACUAGAGGCGCACGCAGCUGCGAAUAGGAAUAGACGUCGUGUACCUAGAUUUUGGAUAGCGAGAUUGUUUAGUAAAAGACCCGUUCAAUCCUAAUUGUCGAUUUAUUUUGUUUUAUAAGGAAGUGAAUCCCUAAUUUACUCACAAUAUUACAAUAAAACAUUUUUUCGUCGG